AUGCCUGCAGAAAUUCGAGCUCUGCACAACGCUGCUCAUGACCAUUUCAACGGUGUUGGUCAACCUGUUCGCCGAAGCACGGCAACAGUGCUAAAGAAAAUUUCGAUGAACCCUGUGGACGAGAGUCAAAUGGCGCCGGUAUACAACCUCGAGAAUACCCAGGUUGAGUUUCUAAAGAUAGAGCACAUCCUAAAUUUUGUGUUCUAUCGCGAAGGUAAACGACGACCACCACAAGGACUUUCUGUACCGAACGCUCUCUUUGGCAUAGCCCCUCCGGGUGCGGGCACGGGUGGAGCAAGCCCGCAAGCCAGGAGCGUAGCAGACAAUGAGAGGUUGGAACAGUUAUAUGACUCGGAUGACGACCUGGACCCUCCAGAACCGCGCCAAGACGAGCGACCCGUCGAGGGCCGUCCUAAACGGGGCCGUGAGGGAUCCCCACAAAGCUCCCCAGAUGGUCAACAAGAGUCGAGACUCUUCGCCUUAAGACAACGACUCGGGGACGACGCUGAGAUGGUUCAAGACAUUGACCAGCUGAUCGCGUUUCGCCAGGCAAACCUGAACAAAGGGAGCUCGAGGUCACUGUUGUUUGUAGAGACAAUGCAGUCUCGAUCCAAGGGUUUUGAUUACUUGCCACACCCGGCCGUUGCACGAGGAUUCUUUGCCUGGGAUUUUGGAUUUCGAGGGCUUUCGAUUCGACAUUUUUCGCCAAUGGACGUGGAAGUGGAGCGGGAUCACCUGAGGCGCUACGAUAUGACAGAUUUUUCAGUAAAGAACAAGCUGCCGGAGCCCCAGGAGUCUAAAGACCUCGCCGACGUGGUAGCAGCGCUGGAAGUGCUGUCCUUGCUAGUGAACGAGAUGUACACCCAGAGGGUAGCAGAUUUGGUCGACGCAGCCAGACGGUUCUUGCUGGUACUGCGGAAAACGAAGACUAUGCAAGGAGCUGAAGCUUUCAACCACGAGUCAUAUGCGCGAGUGGUUCAACGCGUGACUAAUCUCAAGGUGGAAGCAGCUCUCAAGUUGUCCGCAGCUCAAAAGCCAACAUCUCGCCAGAAGAAGUCGAACAUGCGGGCAACAGCUAACAGCGGUUCUCGCCACGGACGUGGAGCUCCUGUGCCUCAGGAAGUGGUGGCUGCGCUACCGAUUCGAAAAGGCAAAAAGCUGUGCAUGAAAUUUUUGUCAAGUGACGGCUGCCCUGGUGAAGGGGAUACGUGCGUUUUCGACUACCGAGGACACUUCGUGCCAGUUAAGUUGCCGGUGAUUGUGAAAAACUUCAUCAUUAAGAAUUAUGGAGGACUGCGGAACAUGGAGGCACAAGCUACAGGUAGUCAAGCGGAGGUUUGA